AUGUCCGAUACUAAUGGCAACAAACGGAAGCGCGAAGAUGACGGCGCCGGAUCCGAUGCUCAGCGCUUGGCGACCUCCCACAGUGGCAGCAAUGGCAGCGUCCCUGGCCUGACUGGACCUAAUGAUGCACAGGCUUUCACUCAUUCUCUAAGCCACUAUGACACCACAGCGUCCGAUCUGAACAUCGAUGAACAGCUCCUCACCCAUGUGGCACAGUCAAAUGGUAUGACAGACGAUAAUACACUUACCGCGAAUGCGAAAGCUGCGCUUGCUGCCAACCCACAAAAUAAGUACCAGCCCGGCCCGGAUACAGGCUUCGACGGUCAGAUUACGCAUGGCCUGCCAUUUAGCGACCAGCUCACCCAUGCCACUGGAGGGCUUCCUUCUCAUGCUACGCCACAUGAAUCAACGGCUGCUGCUGUUUACGCGGCUCGUGAAGCCCAGAGCAUGACCACGAAGCCCACCGUUGGCUCGCCAGAGUGGCAUGCUCUGCGCAAGAACAAUCACAAAGAAGUUGAGCGCCGCCGUCGUGAGACUAUUAAUGAAGGUAUCAACCAGAUUGCUCAGCUAGUGCCUAAUUGCGACAAGAAUAAAGGGGCCAUAUUAUCACGCGCUAUAGAAUAUAUUUCUCAGUUGCACGAGGAGAAAAAGCAGAUGAGCACGCGUUGGGAACACACCAAUCUCACAACGCAACAAGCCAUAACUGAGAUCAGUACACAAAACGAGAAAUGGAAGGCAGAGGCAAGCCGUCGAGGCAAUAUUGCACUGAAGUGGAUUCAACGCUGUCGAGAUGCGAAUCUCGAAUUCGACGAUUAUGACGACGAGAAGGACCUAGGGGGUCAACUGGACACUGACCAUACUCAGAGCUCCUAG